AUGGCUCUUCUUCGAGGAAAACUAGAGACCGAGUGGUCUUCACUGAUUACGAGGAAUUCAGCUUCAGCCAUUGAUUUCUGGGGUACCUCGCUUGUUAUGAUCGUCGUGACCUGGUUAUUCAUUCCACUUAAAAUCCAAUCUGGCCACAAACAGCCAACGCGAAAGGAUACUGUGGACUGCUUUAUCGUUUCUAUAAGGAAUCAGGGCAUUGCCUACAUUCUUCUAGGUGUUUGGACAGCAAUGAUUCACCCCUUGACUCCAUUUCCGUCUGCAUACCGCAUCGAGCCUGAUACACCAACGAAGGGUGGAUUUCUACGAGGGGUUGUGGGGAGUUUGCUUCUGCGCGAGGUCGUCGCGUAUUACAUCCAUCGGCUAUUAUAUCAUCCUCUUUUAUAUGCUCGAAUUCACUCUCAACAUCAUCGGUUCACAGCACCCGUCGCCUUAGCAGCGCAUUACGCCCACCCGAUUGAACACGUGUUGCAAAAUCUGGCACCUAUUGCGGUAUAUUGUCAAUUAUUGCGAUGUCAUAUUCUAACAUUUUGGUUUGCUAUGUCAAUGGAAAUCACUAGUGGACUCCUUAGACAUAAUGGGUAUGUUUGGGGAGGAGAGAUCAGAAUCCAUGAUCUGCCCAGGUGCACCAUUUGA